GGUUAUGACGUCGGUAUAAUCACUUCUCCGCUUUCGACUUCCCGUUUCCGCUUAUAUAUAGUUGCCAUUUUACCGUAUUUGGCGCAUGGCUCCUCUUCAAAACGCCAGAACCAAAUAUCUUAAAACGGGCUAAUGUGCUAUACAAAUCAGUAAGUUCAUCUUGCCGAUGGCAUUUGCCCCGUGCAUAUGAAUCGUAUAUAAUUAUUGACGACUCGCUGCGACCACAGCCAUAGACAUUAGAUUACAUCUUAUUUGAAUUUUGAUGGAUAUCUCUAUUAAAAAGCUACCCCUGUCGGUGACAUUGUUCUGAUAAACAAUUAAGAAAACAGUAGUAACUGGGAUCGGUAAUUUUGCACAAUAGACGAAUACAUCGGUAUUAAACUAUUAUUUAAGAGUUAUUUUUUUUUACAAUUUACUUGCUAGACAAAUAUACACUUGUUAUAUUCUCUUGUAUUUCCAGGAAAUAAGUGCUAUUUUGAGCCGGGUGGAUUUUCCUAACAAUGCCGGAUAUUGAAAAAAACGGAAACAGAGAAUUAAUGCCGGUCUUAGUUGACGUCACACAAGAAGUAAUAAUAUUAGCAUUUUGCUUUUUGCUGCAGUGAUAGGCGUAUUAGAGGAUGCAUAUUUUGACAGACGGGGCUUACUCUGAUUUUGUCGCUCUGCUAAGAACACAGAUCUAUCGGUGUUGUAUAAUACAGUCUGGUGGCUAUGCCCAGCGAUUUGAACGAGACACAAAGGGCCUUGCUGUCCGCAAAUGGUUCCCAUGAUCACGAAGGAACCGCCAAGGCCAUCAACCUGAAGAAGGUCACGCCCACCAGGGCCCCCCUGGGACCCAGUGCCCACCCCAACAUGCCGAGGAACAAGAUUGGCUUAGCUCUCUCCGGCGGUGGUGUGAGGUCAGCGGCCUUCUCAUCUGGUGUACUGCGCAGACUCCUGCAGAAAUCCAUCGAGAUUGAUUACAUCAGCUGUAUUUCCGGCGGAAAUUUCACCGCGGCCGCCUUCCUGGACUGGAAAUCCAGGAACCGACAAGAGGACGAGCAUGAAUGGCACCAUGAGUUCUUCGAGAACAUGCGCCGACGGAUUGGUUACUUUUGCGACUGGCGUAACGCUUGUCGUGGAAUCCACGAUUUCGUGAUCGUGCUUCUACUCAUGCUGUUCGUUAACCUAUUGAUCCCGAUUGUCCUGUGGGGGGGCUUGUCCAUUCCAGUCGCCUACGUCAUCGACCUGGUCCUUGGAGGGACCUUGCGUAUUGGUUUCCAGUGCGGGAACACGACCACAGUAAGAGAGUGCGGCACGACGUUCAACGCGAAUGACCGCGAGGCCUUCAAGGUCGCGUUUCUAUUUAUUUUCCUCGCUGUGGGAUAUUUAUUCUUCUACUUACUGAAAAAGAUUAUCAAGCGAAUUUGUAACACCAUCCGGUUCAUCCAAAUCUCUACGGGAAUUCUCCUCGGGCUGUCAGUACUGCCCUGGUUCCUUCAACAGUACUCACAAUCCGCGCCUCUCUGGCUGAAGGUCCUUAUUCUUGGUCUCAGUAUGUUCUUUUGGUGUGGCUUUCCGCCUCUUAGGAAUGUCUCCGCGCUGGCCAUAGUGUUCUACAUCUACGCAUACGUCAUCAAGUGGCGCGUGUACCGGUCCGACUUCCCCAUUCACUACUCAGAGUCUCAUUUCUACACCGCUAUGCUGAUCGCGGGCGCUAUUCUAUGGGUCAGCCCGUACUUGGGUGUAUUCAGUCGUACUUCUAUCUACAAUUAUGUCAAAUGGCGACUCCAGUACGCGUUUUUCACGAAGGAAAGUGUCGGUCGUUAUGGCUGCUCUGGUAUCACGUGCACUGACUUCUUCCCCGUUCUCUCCCCACUCCUCCACUGUUCACGCUGCCAGGCGACCAACGACAAAACUCUCACUUUGGCUAGUUUGGCGGGUAUGCGCCCACAGUACAUCAGUAACGUGGUAGCGGAUUACUGGCGUAUACGCAAGCUCGGAGACCCUGACGAGCCCCCAGAGGCCAUGAUUAGCCUGUCUAGUACAGAGAUCGAGGUCAUCACCGAGCAGCCAGGGUCGGGGACUGAUGCCAUUCAAUGCAGUCUUCUUCCUGAACACAUCAAGCUUGCGGACGCCAUGACAACAGCGGCCCUGGUCGUCAGGCCUCCAAGGGAACAGGACAAGCAGUUCGAGCCUUUCCGCGAGCUGCAGAUCAUUCUGGGACUGGCAAACAAUAACGCGGUCCCCACCGCCCCUAUGGAAAAUUACGGCUGCACCAACGAUAAGCUUGCUAAGGUAAUGCCUAUACUGCUGCAGAGUAUCGCUGGCGCGCCCAUUAUCUUGCUCGCUGUGUUAUGGCUGACCGCGGAGAGAUUGGACUACUCCACAAGUGACGUCGAGAAGGUUUUGAUGAUCGUGUUUAUCGCGUACGUGCUGAUCUUUGCCGCCAUUGCCAUGUUGCCGACUGGGUCCGAGGGGGGCUGGUUCGGAGAGGAGAUCGUCAGGUGGUGUCACGUGAACCUGUACCACGUGAGGUUCCUUCGUGAAUUCCUGAAUAUUAACAAUGUUGGACCCAGGCCCCCUGCUCUUAUCAGCCUGAGCGAUCUGGGCCGAGUGGAGAAGUUCGGCUUACUGAGCCUUUUCAAGCGACGCGUCAAGAAAAUCGUCACAGUGGACGGCAGCUACAUCCAGAAAGACGAUGAUUAUGCAAUACAGAUUAUACGUUCCAUGGAGCUAGCACGAAAGUAUUUCAACUGCGAGUUCAUCGGAUACGACUGCCGUGACGUCAUCGGCGAAAUUUACAAGAAGUACAUUAACACGCCCGCCGAGAGGCGCCCGAGGAGUUAUCGAUUCAUUGUGAAGUAUUUUGAUAAAACUGAGAAUGGUUACGUGGAGGCAGGAAAAGGGGAAGUUCUACUUCUCUCCCCGAGGCAUCCCGAUAGAGGAGUUCCUUUUCCAGAGAGUUCGAGCGUUGACAUGACCUGGGGCGAGUACGCUAGAGACACGAGUAAGAACCUCGACCCCAAGCGCUGGGGCCCAGGCCCCGUGUUAAAGGCGGAGGAGGUAGACAGACUUACUUUUUGCUGCUGUGAGUGCUGUCAUUCAAGCAGCAAAGCCAUCCAAUGGGUAUCUAAGAAACUCUGCAAUGGGUUUCCUCACCACUCGACCGUCAAUCAAUUCUUCACGCCUAGUAUGUUUAGUGCAUACCACAGGGAGGGUUACCGGGCCUGCAUUGAAGCAGACAUUGAAAGUUUCCUGGCCGAUGCUCAUGUUUAGGUAUAAAAUUUAUACAGGUUGGCAUAAGUAAUGACCAGGGUCACCAUUGAAUAGCGAAUAUGUGUAAGGAAUGUUUGCCCAAUCACACGACGGCAAAAUUUCACAUGUCAAAUAGUCAAAUUUACGAAAUACCGUGUCUAGAUUUUCGCUUUAAUCUUUCAGAAGACAUUUCGACAUUCCACACACAUUUCAUUCAUUCAAUCGGUAAUUCAACAUUGUUGGGUUGUACAAUAAAUUAUAAGGUGGUCAGCAAUCAGCAAAAAAAUAGUUAUAAACAUUUGUGAUUUUUUUUAACACAUCUAGACAAUCUUUUUAUAAAGGGUCUUUUUCAAUAAGCCUGCUUGCAUAGAAUUGGAGAAUUGGUCUAGAAAUCCUUUAACUUUUAUACCUAAAAAGACACAAAAUAUACCGAACUAUGAAUAAAGACAAGCAAACACAGA